CGAAAUUAAGUAGUGUUAUUUACUAUUAAACGUACCGGGACAACAUUCCCGGCGGAUCCGUUUUGGCAGCAGAUGAAAUCGACAAAAUUGUGUUUCUUUGAUUCUAUCUUUGAGGCAGAAAAGUAGCAAAAUAAGAUGAACAAAUUUCAAAAUGCUGUAUUUAUUUAAUACAAACAAUAACCAUGGACAACAUAGCAGAUCAGCAAAUUAGAGCUGCAAGAACAUUGUUCAAUCUUGCUCACUGUUAUUUGAAAACUACAAAAAUUGAUGUUGAACAAGAAAAGAAAAAUAUAGACGAUGAAAAAGAUGAAGUAACAAAAAAAGACACUCAACCUAAAAAAGAGAAAGAAGCAAAAGGAAAUAAAAGUAAAAAAAUUGUCAAAAAAAAAGAAAGAAAAAAAUGUAAUUCGGACAAUGAAUUAGAAUUAUACUUGCAAGUGCAAGUUGAUUCAAAAUACCAACAACAAAUAUGCACUGGUGUACAAAACAAAAAUUUAAAAAAUGCACAACAAAAUCCUGAAAUAGAAAUAGAAUUAAAAAUUGAAAUUCCAAAAGAACUUAAAAAUUCGUAUCUUGAAAAUGUUGACAGAGAAAAUCUUUUUGAAGAGGAAGCUAAGAAAAAAUUUAAAAAAAGUAAACAAACUGAAAAUAAACAAGAAUUAAUUAAUCAAGAAAUAAGUGAUGAUUCAGGAUUUCAAAAUAACCCAGAAAAAGAAAUAAGACUAAAACAAAAUAUAAAUAAAGAUGAUAUAAUCGUAGAUGUGGAUGGAAAAAAUAUCAAUUUUAGUAAGACAAAAAAUCAAAUACAAAAAGGUAUUGAAACCAAAUCACAAGAAAAAAAUAAUAGUGAUGUUUUACUUGAACUUGAAUUACAAGAACAGCAAAAUAAACAUGAAAAUCUAAUAGAAUCAUUGAAUAAGUCGAUCCAAAAACGGAUUGAACGGCUUAUAUGUGAAAUACCUUUAAAAGAUCAAAAAAUAAAUAAAGAACUAUGUCAAGAAAUUGAGGAACUUCAUGAAAAAUUUAAAAAACUAGAUUCGGGAAAUUUAAAUGAAAUAAAAAGAAUGAUUUUAGAAGAUGUUUCUAAUAAAGAUUAUUUACCCCUUAAAAUUAAAUAUUUUAAAAAUCUUUAUUGUUCAUUUAAUCAGGAUUUAAUACCCUUUUACAAUAAAUUAGACCAACUAAGCAAUGAUUUAACGCUAACAAGUAUACAACGAAAAUUGAAUGAAGAAUUUUUAAAAAAAUUAGAUAAUUUAUUGCUACAAAAAAAUAAUGAAGAAAUUCGGGAAGUACAUCAGCCAGUCAACAAAAACGAAUCGCAGCUAAAAAAUAUCGAUGAAAAAGAGAAGUAUAAUUAUUAUGACUUAGUUAUACAAUAUAACCAAGAAAUGUCACAAGAAUUAAAAGAACACAAACAUGUUUUUGGUAAAAAAUUAUCAGUUGACUUCUAUGAUGAUGCAGUAAAAACAUUUAUAAACAAAACAACUCAAGAUGCAUUAAAAGAAAAAAUAUGCAAGGAAGGAAUAGGUAUUAUCGAUCAAACACAAAAAGAGAGUAAUAAAAAUGUGCAUUUUCAGUUAGAAUUUUACAAAAGUAUAGAAGUUGAAGAUAAUAAUUUACAGGAAAAAAACGAAAAACAAUUAAAAAACCAUCUUGAAGGAGAAACAAACAAAGAUUUCGAAAUAAAAACCAAAGAGAUUGGAACAGAAGUACAAGAAGAUUCUGACGUGGAAAUAGAAAAUUUUGAAGAAAAAUUACAAGAUUGUUCUGAAUUUGCAAAUGAUGAAAAUUUUAAAGUAUUACAUGAAAAUACAAAAUUAAAAAUUGGGGCAUUAGAAAAACCAAUAGUAGAAGAUUCUGAAAAACAAGUACAAGAAGAUUCUGAUGUAGAUAUCGAAGGCUUUGAAGGAGAAAUACUUCAGGAGUUUCCUAAAGUUGAAAUUGAAAAUUUUGAUAAUGAAUUACAGGAAAAUUCUGAUGUGGAUAUAGAAAACGUAAGUGAAGAAGAAUUUAAUGACUUAAAUGAAGUAGUAGAAAUAGUUGAAGAUAUAGAAGUAGAAUCUAAUUAUUCUAGUUCUUCUGUAGACAAUUAUACUCCAUCGGAAAAAACAACUACUACAACAUGUGAUGAAUCCGAUCUUAAAAUUAAUCCAAAUUCUAAACUUAAACAUAGCGAAAAAGAAAAUUUAAAAAUUAUAGACGCAUCUAAUUCUACAAUAUUAGCAGAUCAUAUUAAAGAAAAACAAACAUUUUUUGAACUUAAACAUCAAUUAGAUGAAUUAUCUCAAGAAUAUAAAGCUUAUAUGCAGCAAAAAGUUUUCAAUGAAUUAGAACAAGAAAUAGAUGAUAAACAGUUGCAAGAAAUAAAAAUAUUUCCAGAUACGUUUAAUGAAAUGAACUUAAACACUAAUGAAGAUUUUCAAAAAGAAAUUGAUGAAUUACAAAGUGAACUAUCUCAAUUAGAACCAGAAUUUAUAAGUGAUGUACCAUUAAGUUUUGAUGAAGACAACUCUCGCAAAAAAUUAAAAGAAAAACCAUACAAUUUGUUCGAAAAAUUACAUUUUAUUCAUAGACAACAAUUAUGUAAAUUUGCCAAUUCCAAAGAGUGGCCAGAGAAUUGUUUUCAACCAUCGAGUUUACUGGACGUUUUAUUUGAUGACCCUACUGAAUUCAAACCAAACGUGUUGGUGCUUAUAUUACACUCUAUAGACAAAGGUUAUUCAAUAAAAAUUAACACAGACAAGAACUCGAAAUCACCGAAAGAAUAUUUUUUCAAUUAUUUUAAGGAUACAAUAUUAGAAUACAUGGAAAAUGAACACUUACCACCAGAUUUGUUGGAUUUAUUAGAUAGCGCUGAGCCCAGAUUGUUUUAUUCUGGUUGUGUUAUAGCAGAAAUUCAUGAUCAGGUCGAUGAGGUUCCAGGCCGGGUGUAUAGGCUAUUAUUGCGUCCUUUCAAUAUGUCCAUUCAGAGUGAUAUAAACCGUAUAAUUGCUAAAAAUAGCCAUCCCACUAACACUAAUUAUUGGUCAUAUAAAAAAAGACUAAAGCUAGAAAGUAUAUUGCUUAAAAAAUCUUAUCCAGUUAUGUGUAUGGAUUCAUCACCUAUUACUGGUCUAGUAGUUAAUUUACAACAUCAAAUGUUAAGUUGUCGUACUAUAGUACUAAAUCCACUUAAGAGGAGAAAUAACUGUUCAAAUCAAAAACCAUUGAAAACAGAUUUGCACAAUGAAUCUAAUGACAACAUAAGUACAUCAAUGUUGUCAAAUGAACCGCAAAAAGAAUCUUCAAAAUUAAUGAAUACUGAAAACAUGAAUUCAAACUAUAUCUUAUGGAAAUUUGAUUUUCGUGUAAAAUCAUUAAACCUUUUAAAAUUGUUUAUAAUAGUUAUAACAGAAACUCUAGAAUUGUCUUUGUUGUUAUGUACAAAUUCAAAGGUCGAUUCUAUUAAAAAAAUGCGGUUUAAAAUACUACUUAAACAAAAUGAAUUGAAAACUUAUAUUAAUAUAAUGCUAGAAAUUCUUCGACAAAAAAUUUGCCCUGAUAUAGAAGUGGUUCGGAGAUAUAAAUGUCGAGAUAAUUCAGCUCCUCUUUCAAUAAGAAAUGUUCCAUCUCUGUUUAAUAAUAAUAUUUAUAAAGCCAGUCAUGCAGAUAUUAGUCAGUUGAUAGAUAUAUUUAUAAAUAAUACACAUAUUAAAUAUAUACCUAUAAAUAAUAUGUUAAAAAAUAUGUUUGAACAUAAUAGUGAAAUGAAUAAAUUUGAAUCUGAAAAAAGUGAUUUAUCAUUUAAGGAAGAUAAAUUGGCUGCUGAUACUUAUAAGACUGCUGAAACAAAAGAGAAUUCUAGAGAUUUAGAAAUUAAAAAUAGUAUGCAGUUUUGUGCAACAAAAAAGUUAUCUACAAGUUCAAAAAAAUUUUUAGAUUUAUCAAAAACUGAUUUAAUAGACAAAAUGAUAAAUAUAUUACCAUUAAAAACUCAAAUUAUACCAAAAAACAUUUUAUUGGAUGAUAAUACUAUAUGUUUGUCAAAAGAAAUGACGAUCAAUAUAAAUAGAGACUCUUCUCUUAAACCAUCUAUAAAACGGCCAACACUUGAUUUAUCUAAAUUGGAUUCAAUAGACAAAAUAGCUGAUUUUUCAUCAUUACAAACUCGAACCAUAUCAAAAGGCAUUUUAUUGGAUGAUGAUACAUCUUUGUUGAAAGAAACGUCAACCACCAUAGAGACAGACUCUUCUUUUGAACCAUCAUUAAUAAUGCCAAUACAUGGAAUUUCAAAAAAUGAUAAUUUUUCAGAUCUAGUCCAAGAAAAAAUAUUAUCAGUAUCAAGUAAUACUAUGAGUCCAGUUUUUAGUUUUACUACAACUACUAAACCAUUUGAAUCAAGCCCCGUAGUUGUGUUAUCAAGUUUAUCAAAAAUUAAUUCACUAGUUACGAGUAUUAAAACUUACAUGUUACCGAUUGAGUCAUCAAGUUUGAGUUAUAUAGCAAAAUCUGAAAGCAUGUCUUUACAAACUGAUGAAAAUUUACUAACAUUUACUGAUGAUUGUGAUAUUUAUACCAAUAUUAAAUUAUUACCAGUUAUGGAACCAGAGGAUUUGAUCCAUUUGACGAGAGUAGAUGAUAUUGCAGUAAAUAUGUUUUAUGGUAUAAAUCCAGUAACAUCCACAACAUGUAAUGAUGAUACCAUCAUAAUGAGCCAAAAUGAAAAUAUAGUCGAAAACAUUUCAGUUAUGAAACAUACAAACGAAAAUGAAGUUGAUUUAUUUGAAAUAUUAGAAGACAAAUACAUGUUAAGAUGUCUUCAAUUAUUUCAUCAAAAACCAACACUGCCAGAUAUAUCUAUUCUGCAUAAUACACAGAAAAAUGAAGAUAAAUUUCCAGAUACAUAA